UACCAGGUAAAAAAAGGGAAAGACAGCCGUCAUUCUUGAUUGUAACACAAAAUUUGUCCAUAAAUAAGCAAAUUUGUCUAUAAAUAAGCAAUUAUAAGAAGGUGAGUGGGCAGAAAAGAAUUGCUCACAAAAUUUUUUCCGGCACUAGGCCCUACAGACAGGAGGAAUCAAGAAAAAAGAGGGAAAAAUGCCCUGUCUUGAUAUCUCAACCAACGUUAACCUCGAAGGAAUCAACACAGAUUCAAUCUUCUCUGAACUCACAAAGGCUGUUUCUCAAAUCAUCGGAAAACCCGAAAAAUUUGUGAUGAUUCUGUUGAAAGGAUCUGUAACCUUAACAUUUGGAGGGAAUAAGGAACCAGCAGCAUUGGCAGAAAUUGUGUCCAUGGGUGGCAUCAACACUGAAGUGAAAAGAAGGUUGAUUGCUACACUUGGCUCAAUUUUAGAAAACAAAUUGUAUAUUCCAAGAACAAGAUUUGUCCUCAAGGUGUUUGAUACGACGAUGGGAAGACAAAACUCCAAACUUUGAGUUUUGAAUUUAUGAAUAAACAUUAAUGCUUUGAAAUAAAUUUUCAAUGUUUUAAUAUAUAUAUAUAUAUAUAUAACAGCCGCUACCCUUCGAGUGUGUACUGUUUUAAUAUAUAUUUUGUAAGCCUAUGGUGUGGACAUGUUGAAUACUAAAAUUUGAUAGAUAA